CAGGCAAUGACAUCAUGGGAUAUUUGAUCACCUUGUGAUUGGGGCUGGGGCGGGCUCCAGAGCUGCCAUUGUUGUGGCAGCACCCGUGUGUGUCAUCUGAUGGCAGCACAACCACUCUGCCUGUGUGGCCACUUGACAGCCCACUUCAGACUGUCUCUCCCCUUUCAGAUGUGACAUGGGGAGUUUGCGUUGUGUAUCUUGCUGCCUUGAGGCGUCUGGUUUUCUUGUGUGUGUGUCCCUCUGAUUGUUUACAUUCUCGGGGCAAGGCUCGGCGAGGACAAUGUGCUCGUGCACUUUUUCCACAGCCGUCCGUCCAUAAGAACAGUGUGUGCUAUGUGUGUACAUUUGUGUGUGUGUGCGUGUGCGUGUGCGUGUGCGUGUGUGUGCGUGUGUGUGUGCGUGUGUGUGUGUCUGUGUGUGUGUGUCCCCGCUGUCACACACACACUGCCCAUAUUGACUGACUCACGGACAAAAGCAAUCAAGCAGACCUGAGGGACCUUGUGGGGAAGUGAGACACAGCUUUACUGCUUGCUUAGGUAUCGUGGUGCUCUUGUCAGGAUACUUUGUUCCUUACUCAACUCAUUCACAAGUGUAUGUGUUUGUGGGCAUUCUUGUCGACAAACCGUGCCUGUAUAUCCGUUCCUGAAUGCGUCAUCUGCAAUGAUUUCUACGAGAGGAAGAGGAAGGCAACAGUCAUUAGGAAAUGAUUCCCCAUGAAGCCAAGAGAACGCUUCUUCACAGCAGGCACUCCUCUCAAUACUUCAGACUGAGAGCCAGGCCUAGCAGACCUUAGUGUGCUACAACAGAGUGUGAAAAACAAACUGACACAGACACAGAGAGAAAGAGUGUCAUACAGGGAUAGAAAGAGACAAACCGAGAGAGAGAGAGCUCUAACAAGGACAUAGGGCAGAAAAAAAACAACGCCUCUCUCUUUCACAGAACAAGAACUACAACUAAUCAAACCAGGAGGACGCCGCCAUGAAGUCGAGCCAGGAGCGCGGUAACGAGUGCCUGCCCCCGAAGAAGCGGGAGCUGCUGGUGCUGGAGGAGCGGGCGCUGGCGGCUGUCGGGGAGAGCCAGCGGGGCGAGAACCUGGCCUGGCUAGCCAGCGUGGCCAGCAUGGCCUCUAUGGCCCCGGUGGGGGGCAGCCAGGGCAACAGCAGCGGUGGGAAUGGCACAGUCGAGUCGCAGAGCCCGUCGCACGAGAUCCUGUCCAUGGUGACCGAGUUCCAUCCCUCCUUCUCGACGCCGUCGUCAUCAUCUUUGUCUUUGUCGUCCUCUUCUUCGUACACCUUCUCUUCGUCCACUACGUCCAUGUCCAGAGGAGUCGGCGCCGGAGUUCCGCAGUCGGCCGGUCAACCCACCGUCCUCUCCACCGGACUGGCCCAGCCGGCCGGGACCGUCCAGUACGCACCGCUGCCCCAGAACCUCCAGCUCAUCGGGCCCUACACGGGCUACAUCUCCUCCCAGGUGCUGCCUUCGGCCGCCAGCCCCGCUGGACAGCACCCGCGGCCUCAGACGGAGGCGUAUGUCACGGCGGUUGUCUCCCAGUCCGCCUCCAACGGAGACCACCACCACCUUCACCACCACCACCACCACCCACAGCAGCACCAUCAGCAGCAGCAGCAGCACCAGCAGCAUCAGCCAGGCCUCGGGGCAGCGACGUUGGCCGUGUCCGGUGGGGUGACCUCCCCUGUCCCCCAGCUCACCCAGCCCUCCACCCAGUGCAUCCAGCUGGACGGCUCCUCCCUUGGGGUGUCCGUGAGCUCCCCGACCGGCCAGCUCCCGCUGCACCUCCACCCCCACAACGCCACGGUCCUCACCCCCCACACGCUUACUCUGGGCACCUCCCAGCUGCUGGUGCACUACGCAGACGCUCCCCAGGCCAAGCUGGCCGACGGCGGUCAGAGCAGGGAAAUCUACAACGGGGAGAUUGUGGAGACGACCGGCGUGGGCCGACACGCGGCUGCUGGUGGCGUGCUGAAGGUGGCGACGGUGCCGCACGAUAACGACCAGCGGUCACAAGCCCACGGUAUGAGCCUGGCGGCCCGGACCCAGGUGCUGCUGCCCGCGGAGUACCAAGACAGCACCGGCCUGCACACCUCUCUCAUGCUGGUGCCCAGCAGCGCGGCUGACCUCCAGCGCAGCCUCGGCAAGGACCUGAGCGGCCUGCCCCGGGCCGAGAAGGGGGGCAUCUGUGUGGGCAAGCCCAUCUCGCGGGACUCCCGAGACUCACGGGGCUCCACGCUCUCGCUGUCAUCUCUGGAGAGCUUGGCCUCGCCAGCACCUACUCUGUCGCCCCACGCUCUCCUCCAGACCACCCACGCCAGCACCCAGGAGAUGGCGGCGGCCGGCAUCUACUCGGCCACGCCGCUGCCCAUCAUCGGCUACAUCUCUGGCGGGGCGUCGCAGCAGCACGGCGGCUACCACGGCAACCUGACGCAGCACCUGCUCAUCUCGGGCAGCCCGUCGUUGCUCAUCCCCGUCAGCACGGGGCCGGGGCCGGGGGAGAGCGAGCACACGGCCCGCGCGAUCGUCACCGCCCCCUCUGCGGUCGUCACCGUCUCCUCCAGCAGUCACCAGGCGUCUGUGGCGCAGGCGCCUCCUCUGGCCACGGCCGCCCACGCCUACGUCAGCCCGAUCCCCGUCGCCACCGCUGCCCUCCCCGACCCCGGCGCCGCCGCGCUGUCGGACGGUCAGCAGAACCAACACAUGGUGCAGGUGUCCCCGCAGCAGGCCCACGUCGUCCAGCUGCCUCCGCAGCCCGCCGCUGCCGCGGCCCCUGUCUCUCCCUCGGCCUCGCUGCCGCCCUACUUCAUGCGCGGCUCCAUCAUCCAACUGGCCGACGGGGAGCUGAAGCGUGUGGAGGACUUGAAGACGGAGGACUUCAUCCAGAGCGCCGAGGUCAGUGGUGACCUCAAGAUCGACUCGAGCACCGUGGAGCGCAUCGACUGCAGCCAGACGCCUGACGUGGUCGUCAUACAGUUCUCUGUUGGGGAGCACAAGGCACAGGUGAGAGUGGAGGUCCUGGUCGAGUACCCGUUCUUUGUUUUUGGGCAGGGCUGGUCCUCCUGCAGCCCUGACAAAACCACCCAGCUCUUGGAGCUCUCCUGUGCCAAGCUCUCUGUGGGCGACGUCUGCAUCUCCCUCACACUCAGAAGCGUGAGGAACGGCUCGCUGAGGAAAGAGCAAACCACAGAGCCUGUGGGCACCAACUCCGCCAAACCAGCCAAGGUUGGGGGACCACCCAGAGAUCACGAGGCCCCGCGAGAGGGCCUGGCCAAUGGGCCGCGGCUGGUCAGUCAGCGCGCCCCUGGAAGCAGCGGGCCUGGAGGAGAACCAGCGGCCGGAGGUGGGGAGCAGCAGCAACACGUUCGGACGAUCCAGAUCCACCAGACUCUCGUGGAGAACGGCAGGACGGGGGAGCCAAAGGUCGUGAGCGCGCCCCUGGAGUCCGCUGGGGCCCCGGAGAGGCCGACGGCCAGCCGCAAGAGGCGGUGGUCAGCCCCUGAGAAUCGGGAGGCGGAGCGACUGUACGAGGAGACACCUCCCACUGCCACGCUCCCUAAACUUGCUUUCAUUCCUCAGGAGGUCAAAAUCAGCAUCGAGGGCAGGUCAAGUACUGGUCGUUGAAGGCUCUUGCUUGUGGUGAGCAGAGGGACAAUGAAAGGCGUAAAAAAAAGAAGUUCUUUGUGUUUGUGAUUAAUAUACACUUAAAAAAGACAUAUAUGAAUAUAUAUAUAUUUUUCCUUUCUAUCCUGAUUACUGUAACUUUUGCUCAAUUUACACAGUAUUUACUUCUUCUGACUGUUGCUUUGUUUUGUAACCACACGUAGACCUCCUUUGAAGUGAGUUGCACAGGGAGUCGUCGAUAGUCGUCGACAGGGGCGUCGCUGAGGGGCGGGGGGGUUAGGACGAUUCUAAGGGCCCAGCACUGACAGGGGGCCCCCAGAGACCCCCCCCAAUAAUACUAUAUAUUAUCAGGGGCCCAGAAUUAUUGUCUGUCAUAGGGCCCAAAUUAUCUAGCAGCGCCCCUGGUCGUCAGGGACAGAAGUACAGUUGGCAUGGAGAAAACCAGUGCACACUACUGCAUUUAGUACUGGAUGCUGAUGUCCAGUCACAAUUUUGACAUGAAUGUGUAUUUCUCCCCCUCCAUGCCACUCCACAGGCUAAGGGAGGAGAGAGGCUGGUUCCAACCUGUUUAGUCGCUGCUCCACUCCCUCCAGCCUUGCUGUUUCCCCUUGGAUGUAUAUGGCUAACAUGCUACCUAGCAAUGCAUCACUUACAUUGGCUCUCUACAUACAUAAGAGAAAUACUGUAGGUCUUGUGGAUGGAUCUUGUAAAGGAGCAUGCUAACUUGCAAGGCAUAGUUUUUUUUUGAAGAUAUGAGCUGGGGGGACAUAAAAGGAGCAAAAACUUUCAGUUUUAACCAGGUCAGUAAAGCGCAGUAAACAUUAAAGGUGACUUUUCCUGAGGUAGAAUGUUUAAGAGAAUUAAUAUUUGCAUCAGACCAGUCCAAUAGCAGAUGCCAACCUUGUGCACAGGAAACAAAAGCCUCAUUUUGACUCAUCCGGUGCCCGGCUGUUCAGAAACGUAUACACCCUGUUUAGUAGCACUUUACCCAACAAAAAGCAAACUUGCAGAUGGAAAACACCCACCUCUGUUUUGUUUCCAUGGCAACGGGGCGUGUUAGUGAGAAUUGCGUAUGAUGUCAGCACCAUUCUGUCUAUUUCAGCCUGUCCUGUGUGACCUCAGAAUCAUUGCAUACAGUUUAUGCUGGUUUCUUUAUAGUGGAGGCUGUAUUUGAGCUAAACUACUUAGCCUAGCUCAUAUUUCAGCAGAGCAAAAACAGCAGAUGCUACUUACUUGACUUAACUUGCAGGUCCAAGAGAAGUUUUCUUUUUGUUUUGGUGGGUGUGUGGAUUAUAGGUGUAAUGUGUAAGUCAAACAUGAAUGUAAGGUGCUGUCCAUUCCAGUUUCUGAAUACAUGACCUCACUGCUAUGCCCGUCCUUGGAAGUUGCAACACUUGUCUGUGGGAAAUGAAUUGAAAAGCUCUCUCUCGAGUAACUUUAACACAGUUCAGCAGUAAGAGGGACACAUUUACAGCAACUGGAAUCCAGCAAUGAUAGUAAAAAGCCUAUGGACGAGAACCGUUUCCACUAAUCACAGGCUUUCUGUCCUUGGGGAAUAUGAGCACAAUAUGCAGCUCCAAAGAGAAGGUUUAAAUGGAUGACUACAGCAUGGACAAACAUGAGGACAUGCCCAACAUGCACCAAGUCUAUACUCAGAACGUCCCUCUUCAGCUGUGAACCAGCUUUAGCCGGAAGUCAGACAGAGACUCAGACAGUCUCAAAGGGAAAUUAAAUGUUCAAUAGCUCUAAACAAAUCAGGGUGAGCAUUUUCAAACUUAAAGGGAUAUUCCACCAUUUGGAGAAAUACACUAAUUUCCCACCUCCCCUUUUAGCUCCAGCUCAUUGAAUCAGAUUAGACCGUUAGCUUAUAGCAGAGAUGCUAACGCUCUAAUCUGAUUCAAUGAGCUAGAGCUAAAAGUGCUACUGUCAGAGAACGGCUGGAUGAACUAGGGAAAGGUAAAACUCAAUUGUUUAACUCGAGGGGAGGUGGAAAAUGAGUGUAUUUCCCCAAAUGGUGGAAUAUCCCUUUAAGUAACCAUACAAAAAACACACUUUUUUUUUUACUUGUACAGCAUUGUCUUGUAUAGUUCAAAGAUGUUGGUUGGAUCUAUAAUGUGGUUUAGGGGUACUUUUGAACCAAAAGCUGGCAUUCACACACUCAUGUGGUAUCUUGUUCCAUGUCUAUAGCUCCCCACAAAAAAAACUGAAUGCCGUAGCUAGCCCUUCUAUAUGGUCAACAAGCAAAAAACACUCAAAGGAAUGCCACAAAUAAAUUCUUCAAAAUGUAGCCUACAGCAAGUUCGUUGAAUACAUUUUGAAUUCAGAUAACAAAAAUGGCAUGGAAUACUUUCUUCUCAGACUUACAUCUACAAAAUUAUACAUACUAUCUUCUCAGACUCAAUAUAAUUUUGUAGAUUCUUUUUUUUUUGCCGUCCACAACCUCUGGCUACAGAUGCAUAUUCAUCAUGCUCUGCACAGAUUGCAUAACCUCUGACUAAACUAGUCUUUGUGUCUUGUUUGGGAACGCUGCCCAUCUGUGAGCGUAGUGUGUGUGUGUGUGUGUGUGUGUGUGUGUGUGUGUGUGUGUGUGUUUGUGUGUGUGUGUGUGUGUGCUGUGUGCUUACUGUGUUGGAUCUCGAUUCCUUAUGGAGAGAGAGAGAGAGAGAGAGAGAGAGAGAGAGAGAGAGAGAGAGAGAGAGAGGCUUGUUUGCAGAGCUGACAGAUGUUGGUGUGAUGUGAUAUAGACGCACCAUGGAUUCUCUACGUGUCUGUGAACCUAAUGUCUUUAAGGAUCUCAUCAUGGCUGCAUAAGUGGAUGUCCAUAAAUCAGUGUCCCAGCCCCAUGACACCACAGGCAAAGUGAGCCCUUCGCCUCCCUCUUCUCACUUUUGUAAUGGUACUCCGCAAGUCAUUGAACUGACAAAGCAUAGACCACUGGUGUCCCUAUGGUAUAAUUUGUACUGAAAGCAUUGCAGAUAAACAAGAAAUUAAUCAAAGCUCUACCCCCAAACACCCACCCCAACCCCCCGCUUAUGCACAUCCAACUGCUCUCUAGUACAUGUUUUAUAUGUACAAUUGUGCAAUAAUAUGCUUGGUGUGAUAAAGUCUGGUUCAUCACACGAUCCCGCGUUGUAUAUGAGCAUGAAUGACCCAUUUUUGACGUCAUUCCCUUGAAUUUUGCGAUUUGCACAUCUAUUUUGAUGAAAUGUGUAGAGUCUGCAGUGUAGCCUGUGUCACUAUCUCAGACUGUGAGCUCAGUGUUAUCCAUUAGCAUUUGGGUCUAACUGAGGUGUUCGGCAUAGUAGCGCUUAUUUAACCAUGUGUCUGAUCAUGUGCUCUCAUUUAUUCUUCAUACAGUAAGUUUGUUAGUGUAAGUGUGUAACUAAAAUCCAAACUUUAGAUCAAACUCAGGGGUGGUGUGUGUGUGUGUGUGUGUGUGUGUGUGUGAGAGAGAGAGAGAGAGAGAGAGAGAGAGAGAGAGAGAGAGCAUUUGUGUUCCUGAUAUAUUCUCCCAUGUUCAAUUCAGCCCAUUGGUUCGACAAGGUCCACAGCUGGAUAUUUUUUAGAAAGCAAGUUAAAGGCAACACAAUUGCCUAUUAUCAUGGGGACCAUGCUAAAUUGCACAUACAUUCUUGGCUAAAUAGUGAUGAUUAUUAUGCACUUUCAUGAUAGGAAAUAGUCUCCUGUGACUUUGGAGGCUCUGCCAUUUCCUGAUCACCUGUUUAUUGUCAGAUGAAUACAGAGUGUGUGUGAGUGUACAAGGUGGAGAAAGAGAGAUAGAGAGAGAGAAUGACAGAAUGAGAAAGAGAAAAAGGCUAUAGAAUGAUCAAAAGUUUGAGAAUGGCCAACCAAACCAGGAUACAUCCUUCUGAUUUUGUUUUCCUAAGAGUGAACUACAUUCCCACUGACAGAGAAAAUGACUCUGUCGCCAUAUCAGUUGUUGCUCAGCGGAGCAUUUUUUUGUCUCGGUGUUUUGACUACGGAAGCACAGGUGUGGCUUUCAAUCAUGUGUCCUUGUUUAAAAAGCUGGUGGUGACGUUGUCAGUAGCAUUAUUCAUUGCUUUUGAUAGUACUCUGGUAGUCGAUCUACUCACAUGUUGUACAUGUAUAUGUUGCCCUGCUCUAUCCUUUGCUGAUACAGCAACACAAAUGAAGUGUGGUGUGUGGUGAGUGGUGUGUGGUGUGUUUCUCGGGUGUGUGGAAUGGAAGGCUGGUUUUGUCAUUUCUCAGCAUCACUUGCUGAUUCACAGGGCCAUCACUGAACUGUUCAUGGCAAACUGCCACUCUUCACACGCUCAGGCUGACUGGCCUACUGACUGUUGCAUCGAUUAUUAUUAUUAAUAUUAUUAUGAAUGAUCAUAGUAAUAAUAUAAAUAUCAAUAAUAUUAAUGUUAUUAUUACAUUUACAGGUCCUGAAAGGUAUCUGAGUAAUGAUUUUUUUAAAAUCAUGAAAAAUAUAUCGCUUCAAUAAAUUUUUAACUAACAUGAGAAUCAGUGCAAUCCCUCCCUGAGAUACAAAAAAAAAACGUCUUGAUAAAACUAUCUUUUUCCCGGAAUUCUUUUUGUACUGGGGAAUAUGGGCAGCAUGAAUUUACCCAAAGCAGUGUUGGGGAGCUCCUAGUGGCCAUGAGGUGAAAUUACACUUUCCUUUGUUCCCGAGUUGCGGGAUCUGUUCAGACACAUUGAUAUUGCAGUCUACAUUUUGAAUGUGCAGUCGCCAAGCCCUGGCCUCAAUAGAGUUCAAGAAGAUGGGGAAUUGCCAUUGUGGGUUUGAAGGGAGGAUAUAUAUUUACGUGUGAUUCAUUUAUGUGUGAAUGCCCCAAAUUCUGAAUGUUGUAUCUGUUCUUAAUCUCUUUAUACCCCCAAUAAUUAUAGAAAAGAGUGGUGAAUAUAUCUUCAUGAGAGACUUUGUGACCCUCUGUUUUCUAAUUGUGGGGUGUCUACGUGUAAAAAGCACUCAAGUCUGUUCAGUGGAAUUAAUGGUCCUUUCUUUGGUGGUGCUUGCAUUUUUUUCUAGUUAGAGACACUUUAAUUUUAAUAAAUUUGAUUUGAAAACACAA